UGUUUUAUGUUUUGCGUGCUUCUACGAAAGACGGUGAGACGACGGCACCGCCUCAUUUGUCGAGUCAAAACCUCGGUCAAAACAUUCAAAGUGUCGAUCGUAAUUCACCUCGGGUGCCAUCGUUUCUGUUCGCCCGCCAACAAGGUACCCAGGUGAGUAGCUGAUCUUGUCCCAGUGCGAUGGAACAUAUUCCCGACUCUGACGGCAUGCGCCAUUUGGUGUGACAGAGUCGGGAGUGUUGAGAUCGUGGAUUUUAAUUUCCCCAUCCAUGGAUCCGCUGAUGAUGGAAUCACCUGGAACAUCGCAGUAGUCCUUCGUCUCCCCAGUAACAUUCUAAACAGGUUGAUUCCAUGUCGUUCAGAAACGAAUAUGCAGUUGGCUCAGCAUCUUUUGUCGCCCAUGUCACAUCGUGCCGGAUGUCAUUACUACUCUGAGCAACAGGACAGCCCCGGCCUGACAAAGCACGCCAAUUCUCAAGUUUGGCAAUAAAGUUGUGAAAGCAAAACCUAUGGCCUCUUCUGCUUGUGGUACGACUCCUAUUUAAAUCCAAAUUUAAAAUCCCCACUUCACCCCAUCGAGUGAUGCCAGUCCUGCAACCUUUUAGAGAACAUGGUAACCAGAGCAUUCACUGGGCUCCAUCAGACGAUUUCCUGGUGGCCUUAAGAGAUGGAGUUUUAUUGGAACUUUUAUUAUCGAGUCAACGAGGGCUACAAGAAAAUUGAGAUUUGGAACAACGACUUCGACAUGGGAGACCCCGGAGACCCAUUCCGUCAUGUUAUCUGGAAUAGCACAGGUGAUUCCAUCAUCAGAGGAUCUAUGGGUGGUGAAAUGCAAAACCACGAUCUUAACACUCCCGACUCUUUCACAUCAAAUGGCGCAUGUCGUCAGAGUCGGGAAUAUAUUUCAUCGCAAUGGGACAAGAUCAUCUACUUACCUGUGCCUCCUCAACUGAAGGGGUCGGGGUUUACGACCUCCGCCAAACGGGUGGGUCCACUAAACCCAUUUUAUCAUUGCAUCAGAAUCUCGCCGCUUAUAGCCUCUCCUGGUCAACCAACGGGCUUUUACUGGCUGUCGGCUGCGAGUCUGCAACUUACUUGUGGGAUGUCUGCCAUCCAUCCAAAGCAAUUACCGGCAAUUAAUAUUUUCAGAAACCCCGGAGACGAAAAUCCCGUCAGAGUCAUGAAUUGGUGUCCCUGGAAACUCCAUGUUCUCUUUACCAGCACAAGUUAUCCAGAGUCGAGCAUCCGCCUUCACAGUAUGGUUAUUUAAUUAUGCAACGACGGGUGGGUUGAUUGACGACUUUGAAUGCGCAUCAGAAGUGUCGGGGAUCCAAUUCAACGUCGAGCUGGACCAAGUUGCCACUUCACAUAAUGAUUUUUUAAGAGUAGAUGCUACGAGACAUGUGGGGGACUUUCUAAAGCAAUCAAAUUUAAAAGCCAAGACACUGAUUAACUUUUUUCUUUUCGUCGUAGUCAAUUUUAUGCAUUCAACCUUAUCCGCUAGUCCUACAUAUUCAAUUUCUUCAACAAUAUUUUAAUGAAUUUUAAUCAUUUUAUUAUGUAAUUUUUUUAAUAUAUUGUUUUGUAAAUAAAAAAAACAGCUGCGGUAGUUAUUUAAACAAAA